AUGGUUCUCAAAUGGCCUUCAGCCAUGGAUGAAAUGGGCCCUUUUCAUUUCUUCUUGGAGAUAGUUGUUGAGAUCAAAACGAAUUUCAAACCGGGAAAAGUUAAUGAAUCAGAUGCUAUUAAGGCUUUAGUGCAUAAGGCCUUUUUCAAGUUGCUGAAUGUUAAUGAGAACUUCAUUUCUGAUGAAGGUAUUGAUGAGUUGAAGGAUAUCUUCAAAGAAUCUCCGGAAAAUCUUGGACCCAUGGACGAGAAUGACCCUGAAGGAGGAGAUGAUGACAACAACAGAGAAUCUGGGGAUGAUGGUGAAGGCAGUGAAGAUGAAUUGGAAUCCAAACUCAAAAAUCUUGAUGCCAAUCAAGAUGAAUAG